AUGGGUCGGCUCGACGGCAAGGUAGCAAUUGUGACAGGCGGUGGUGCUGGGUUUGGAGCUGAAAUAUCCCGGCGUUUCGCUGCCGAAGGAGCCCGUGUGCUUGUCUGCGACAUCAACCCCGAUGGAGGCCAGAAGGUUGCUGCCGAGAAUGCGUCGAGCAUGACUUUUCACCAAACCGACGUCACCAAAGCCGCCGACUGGAAAGCUGCUGUUGACGCAGCAGUGGAAAAGUACGGCCAUGUCGACAUUCUGGUCAACAACGCGGGCACCACCUACAAGAAUAAGCCAACCGUCGACGUCACUGAAGAAGAGUGGGAGAAGGUCUUCAAUGUCAACGUCAAGAGCAUCUUCCUGGGCAGCAACGCCUUCGUGCCAUCCGUCAUCGACCGCGGCCAGGGCGGCGUCAUGAUCAACAUCGCCUCCGUCGGUGCCACCCGUCCGCGUCCAGGUCUCGUUUGGUACAAUGCCUCCAAGGGAGCCGUCUGGAACGCCACCAAGGGCCUCGCCGCCGAGUACGGCUCCCACGGCAUUCGAGUGAAUUCAGUAUGCCCGCUGUUGAGUGGCACCGCCCUGUUCGAGAGCUUCGCCGGCGUCCCUCCCACGCCCGAAAAUAUGCAGAAAUUCCUGUUCAACGUGCCCAUGGGGCGACUAUGCGAGCCUCAGGAUGUGGCAGCGGCUUGCACCUUCCUCGCAAGUGACGACGCCAAGUUCGUUACCGGGAUCAACAUGGAAGUGGAUGGUGGAAGAUGUAUCUAA